AAAGCGCCACCCGGAAGCGGAAACCACCGCAGGCAAGAGAAGAGAGAGGAGUGACUUCCGCUUGUCGGAAGUCGCUCCUCCCCCUUGCUUAGCUUUUUUCCUUUGCGAUUGGUUCCUGAUGCUCCGGCCCCGCCUCCUCCGGCCACGCCCCUCGCGGCCCCUUUUCCCGCCUCCGCCGGGGACGAACCGCUGCCCGGCUGACAGUUGAGGAUGGCGGGGGCUGAGGGUCCCGCUGGGCGGCAGUCGGAGCUGGAACCGGUGGUAUCGUUGGUCGACGUACUCGAAGAGGACGAGGAGCUGGAGAAUGAGGCGUGCGCUGUCCUGGGUGGCAGCGACUCCGAGAAGUGCUCCUACUCGCAGGGCUCAGUAAAGAGACAAGCACUAUAUGCCUGUAGUACUUGCACCCCAGAGGGAGAAGAACCAGCAGGAAUUUGCCUAGCUUGCAGUUAUGAAUGUCAUGGAAGUCAUAAACUAUUUGAGCUAUACACAAAAAGAAAUUUUCGUUGUGAUUGUGGAAAUAGCAAGUUUAAAAAUUUGGAAUGCAAAUUAUUUCCUGACAAAGCAAAGGUAAAUUCUGGCAAUAAGUACAAUGACAACUUUUUUGGAUUGUACUGCAUUUGCAAGAGACCUUAUCCUGAUCCUGAAGACGAGAUUCCAGAUGAGAUGAUCCAGUGUGUGGUCUGUGAAGACUGGUUCCAUGGAAGGCAUCUUGGUGCCGUUCCCCCUGAGAGUGGGGAUUUCCAAGAGAUGGUAUGCCAGGCUUGUAUGAAACGUUGUUCUUUCUUGUGGGCUUAUGCUGCACAGUUGGCAGUAACUAAACUAUCUCCUGAAGAUGAUGGGCUGGUGCGGAAUGUUGAUGGACUAGGUGAUCAGGAAGUUGUCAAACCUGAAAAUGGAGGUUAUCAAGAUAGUACCCUCAAGGAGGAUGUUCCAGAAAAUGGAAAGGAUGUCAUCAAGGAAGUUAACACAGAGCAGAGUAAUGAACCAUGUACCAGCUCUAGUUCUGAUUCUGAUUUCCAGACAGGGUUUAAGACUCAAAACCUCAACACAAAAUCACAAUGUGGCUGCACACUUCAGGAGCUUAAAGUUAACCAGUUUAUAAAGAAAGACACUGCCACCUAUUGGCCCCUAAACUGGCGUAGCAAGUUGUGCACCUGCCAAGACUGUAUGAAAAUGUAUGGAGAUCUAGAUGUCCUGUUCCUGACAGAUGAAUAUGACACAGUUCUGGCUUAUGAAAACAAAGGCAAGAUUGACCAGGCAACUGAGAAGAGAGACCCUUUAAUGGAUACCCUUAACAGCAUGAAUAGAGUCCAGCAAGUGGAACUAAUUUGUGAAUACAAUGACUUGAAGACUGAACUUAAAGACUAUCUCAAGAGAUUUGCUGAUGAAGGCACGGUUGUUAAGAGAGAGGAUAUUCAGCAGUUCUUUGAAGAAUUUCAGUCAAAAAAGAGAAGAAGAGUGGAUGGGAUGCAGUAUUAUUGCAGCUAAAGUGGUGUAUGAAGCUUUCUCAUUCAGGCCAAUGAAAAUGCCACUUCCUAUCUAGGAAUAAAAGAGGCAUAUCUCAUAUUUGGUUCCCUUUCCGUCCUCCUCUUUUUUGGAGAGGCCUCAAGCUCCCAUCAUUUUCCUUAACUACAGUAGCCACAAUGUUGAUGCUGAUUUCACAACCAGCAUUCUUUAUGACUCAGCUAAUGCAACUCAUUCCACAGACUUCAGCCCCCAACCCCCAUAUGCUCUGGGUUAUUUGCUUAUAUGUUUUAAGAAGUUUGAUUUGGUUUUGAGAGAGCAAAUUGGUUUCUUUUGUAUGAUUUGUUCUUUAAAUCCCGAAUGUAUGUGCUUUGCCACAGAGCUGUUGUGCUUUGCCAGGACCACCUCUGUAGGCAUCACAGAAGGUUCUCUUUCUGUCAGCUAGAACCUCUGUGUGUCCCCUCACCCUCUGAUCUGGUGCCUUGGGCCAAAGCUUCCUCAAGCCUGGUCUCUUUCUGUCACAUCCCUACUUUUGGAGGUUUGGUCAUGGCUUAGAAGGGGUAUUGUUUUCUCUGGGCCCAGUCUCCAGAGUAGUCAUGAUCAGUAGCUGUCUGGCUUGAUUGUAUGUGUGUGUCACAGGUAGGGAGAGUGACUGAUGACAGGGUUGAGGAAGCAACCCUUUGUUACUAAUACAUUUAAAGUGAAAUUUUCACUCACAAUUCUGCUGGCACUAGAAUAUUAUAAUUUCAGUACUGUAGUGCUCACUGGGCUUCCUGGAGAAAAUUUGCCAGUAUACUAGACCCUUUUUUGCUGCCUAGAAAACAGACCGGGUAUCACCCCUGUGAAAUCUUGGUGGUUUACGAAGUCCUCUGGAUUUCUUUAUAUUAUCAGGGAUAUUCUUAAGCAUAUAUUUAAGAGGACCUAUUUUGAUAUUGUUCUGUUAUAAAAAUGUUAUUAGAACCCCAAUAAAUUAUUCUUUUCUCCCCUUGAAUCUGUGCUGAAGAAAAAAGAUACUGACUUAGCUUGCUUGUAGUGAGCAGGGCAGUGAUUGUCCUAUUUUGGAAGAAACAGCCUCUGUGGAGGAGAUUCCAGACAAGGCCCUAGGCUGCACGAAUGAUGAGUUUUCUGUACAUAAAUAUUAAUGUCCACAGCUGGUUCCCUAAUGACUAUGAGAGAAGAUCUUCAUGGAAUGUUGAAUAAAGCCCUAUAUCCGGGGGAUGUCCCUUAAUUGGCAUGAAAUCUCUUUAAAGCCCUUCAGGCUAUGUGGAAAACACCUUUUAAAUAUAGAGCCCUCAGCUGCUCUCUCUCCCUCUGGAGGAACAGUGUCUUUCCUGACAGUAGGUGAUAACACUUUGAGGUUUGUUACCAAAAGCUUUGGGGCUAUAUAUGUGUGUUAGAAUUCCUUUUGUGUCCAGCGGUCAUGUAUUCAAGUGCCCACCAAUCCUGGGACAAGAUGAACGAGGCCUACAAAAAGUCAAGGCCUCAAAGAAAUGGCACAGCCCAUGUUUUCUGGCGUUUGUCCUCUUAAUUACAGAUCCACACGAAGAGGUGUGUGGAGCUUUGGGAGAUGCUUGUGUUCCUUGAGCUGGCCUUGUGGAGAGGGCUUCUUUAAGAAGCUCAGGGUGUCUUGAAGCUGUUUAUCAGCAGCUUGGGAAUUUGUCCAAGUCUGAGGAUGUUUUGAAUACCUUCUACAAGGUUGCAGUAUUAGUGUACCAUCAUGUCUUGAGAGUUUUAAUCUUUUCAAAUGUCUGAUUUAACUACCAGAAAGUUUCUUACUUUCUGUGAUAGAUCAGGACCAAGUCUCAGAGGUGAAACAUUACGUGCAGCAUAAUUGUACGAAUCACUUCAGUGCUGAUGGGCUUGUUUUAUGAAAGGUACUGUUCCUUCUUUCACAUUAACCAGAAAACCUCUUUUUUUACCUAUUGUUCUCAACUAGUUUUCUUACCAACUGUAUUGGACCGUCUCUUCUUAUGUAGAGACUUCUAAUAUAGAGGCUGAUUUUGGCCAACAUAUGGCAGUUGAUAUUAAUGCAUGAUUUAUGCAAAACAAAAAUAUGAUUAGUUGCUUUUAAGGAAUUAUGGCAUUGUAUGUGCAUUUUUUUUAGAAAUUGUUACUGGACUUUUAAUUACAUACUUAAUUCCAAUCAGGUUUCUGUAAAACUUAAAUAAAACCAAUUCAAAUA